AUGCUUUUAUCAAUGUGGAAUGAUUUUACAAAAUUUGUACUGGGUAUGAAUGGUAAUAAACAUGGUGAAGUAAUUGAUGUUAAUUUUAGUGGUACAUUAGAAUGAUUACGAGUACACUUGAGCACAGGACUAGAAGGCAAAGAUUUUUGCUAACAAUAACUUUAUCGCCUUUAGCAUUUCCCUUUUUCUCAUGUGUCACACCAAAUAAACUCAUGGAACGAGAGAGAAUGUGAUGCAUGGCUAGGAAAUUCUUAUCUUUCUUUGAUUUUUCAUCAUCUUCAAACAUACUUGAGGAAUAGAAAAGUUUUCCUCUCCUUUCCAGUUGUUUAAAUGAAUGGAAAAAUUUUGAAAAGCCUAACUUGCAUACUAUUAGUGGU